AUGGUGGCGGGCGACUCGGGCAGCAAGCACAACGGCGGCCGCAGCGCCGCCGUGUGUGCCGUCAACAGCAUGGUCUCGGAGGCUUCCGCGGCGACCGUGGCCGUGUUGGAUGUGAUCGGGGGCGUCUCCGCUGGCAUGGUCACGAACGUGACGGUGGCAUUCGGCGCGGAGCGUCUUGAACCUGGUGUUGAGUACAUUGAUGGGGAUGGGACCUUUGUGAAAGGUCGAUCUCGUGGCAACCCGAUGGCAGACUUCUCGGACGAAGAGGACUUGCUGCUUUAUCGGCUGGCAAAGGAGCAGGUUGAUGCAGGCCGCCGAAUUAACUGGCGGACUGUCUGGUUGGGGAUGCCAUACUGCGGGAAGACACAGCGACAGCUGCAGAUUCGUCUAAAGACGCUGAAGAGGACACACGGCGUGAGCGCUCCCGAUAAUAUUGGCAACGUUCAUGACGCUGUGUCAAGUUUGUAUGCCUCGGCCUUGCGUCAACCCGUCCAUGCGCCGGAUUGUCAUGCUGGUGAGAUUUCGCCAACUGGGGUUUCAGCAAUACUGGCAGUCAUUCCAACGCUUACAAUCGCCGACGCUUUUGUUGACUUUGGAUCUGGGAUCGGCAACGUGGUUGCACAAGUGGCAUUGGAGACUUGUGUUGGGAGAUGCAUCGGGAUUGAGUUCCAGGACAACUUGGCAAACAUGUCCAAACUGCUGAUUCGUGGCGCACGCGUGGAUUUCCCGAAUUUAUCCAAGGUCACGAUUCACGAGGCCGACCUCAGAGCGAUGAGCCCAGCCGACUUUGCAUCUUCAGCAGCAGGUUUGGUCCACGUCGUUGUCAUGGCAACAAUUUGCGGCGGGCACCGCCCAACCUGCCCGCGCAACUUCUGCUCUGUCUGGACGCUCCGCAGCGUAUCGACGUUCACGUGUCUUGGUCUUCCCAGCUUCAUCACGCAUACUGGUACACCAGGGUUGUAG